AAGAAGCCACCUCUCCGCACUCGGCUGUCUCAUAAUUCUCAACGCAAGCUUUGUUUUUUUUUUUUUUUCAAAUUUUCUAAAAUGGGUGCUUCCGGAAAAUGGUUCAAGUCCUUAGCCACUCUGAAACCACCACAACCUUCCAAUUCCAACAAUAAUCAAUGUUUACAGAAGAAACUGGUUGACAAGGGGAAGAAGAAAUGGAGGCUAUGGAAGAGCUCCUCUAAAGGCUUCGGGUCGCCUUCUUCCAAGGGCCUCAAGAUGCACCAUUUCUCUGGAUUAGUGGCGUCUGAUUCCUCCUCAUACCCGGUGGAUGAGGCUUUUGCUGCAGCCAUGGCCACUUUGAUCCGCGCUGCUCCAAAACAUUUCAAGGUGGUGAUUAAUUUUUUGUUAUGAAACAUUUCAAGGUACUGCACCAAAAUAUUUCUUUUACUGUUGGCAACGUUCAUCUUCUCCCUUUCCUUUUAUGUUUUUCUUGCCAUUAGCAUACUCUUGUAUAUAAACUUAUAUUCGAUUCAUUGAAUAAAUUGAGGGAAAUGUU